UUCUAUAAAGCAGUUCAUUCCGCCUCACUUUAUAGCCGUUAGAAAUGGCGGUUGAAGGCUGAUCAAAUUCGCGUCCGUUCAGUUCUGUGUCGGAUGUGGAGAUGUGUCCUGUUGUGCAGUCAACGCUAGUAUUAUCUAUGAAUAAAAAGCUGGCUCCACGAUUGACCAAACUCUCUCAUCUCUUCCUCACAUGGUCUGCUCUAUGUCACCCUAGGAUGCCCCCGUUGUCAUAGCUACCCAUUUGAAUUCCACUCGAGGGCCUGGAGUGCAAUGUCAUUCGGUAGCCUCCUCAAUGUAUUCAGAGAUGGAUGAUGACUUCAGUCGUUUACUUACUCAAACGUAUUUACUUGAAGGCGCAUUUGGCCCUAUAAUUGAUUAUCUUCCAAAACUGGCAAGAGAUUUAGGAAGUCUGAAGGAGUCAUUAUGCCUUUUGUCUAAGACUGAUUCGUCGUCGUUCUUCGUACUACCGAAGUCCAACAGAGCGUCAACUGAAACUGAAUUAAACACACUAAUCACUAGUAUGCUUGAAGACUCUUCUGUUAUCGGUCAACUAAUCCGUAAUUUUUAUUGUUCACAUGAAAACAGUGAUUUUGUUAAUUGUUUGAAGUCCGCUGUCAUUGAGGCGAGUAAGCCUACUCAGACAACGAAUUGUGACAUAAGUGAUAUUUUAAUCAAAAAACAAUUGGAUCAUGUGCGCGCUUUUCUCAGCAAUAAUUCAAACCGUCAAUUGAAGGCUAGUAUACCUCAAAAAUGCACAAUACAAACACCUCAUUCAAGAGCCAGUUAUUUAAAUAGUCGUAUUAUGGAGUUGAAGUCCAGAAUAGAAGAUAAGAAAAUAUACCUUUCUGAUGGUAAAGUGGAUACAGCAGAUCUCGAGAGCCUUUUGGCGGAUAAACGAAAAUCAAUAUUACGGUUGCAUGAAAAAUCUGAAAAUCUGUUGUCUAAUUUACCUUCAUUAUGUGAAGAGGUGAAGCAUAUGAAACACGAACUGUCGAAUCAGAUAAAUGAAACAAUCAAUAAAUGUCCAUCUGAUGAUUUAUUGAAAAGGAUACUUCAGAAAAUCAUCAAAAAUGGGGAAUGUUCUGGAAACAGAACCGUCGCCGAGAGAUUGUGUGCCAAUAGUUUAUAUACAGGUUGUUGUCGUUUGUUUGCUUUGGAUGAACAUGAUGUCACGACCCCGAAUAUAAUAUUGAAAUCUAUUCGAAGUCUGGUUCAAGAAUCUUCUUUAGCCCGAGAAGAAUCCGAGUCUCUAGACAAUUUGUUGAUGACUCUUGAAGGAAAUCAAAUUAAUUACAAUAAAGUUCGAGAGGAAGACAAGAAAUCUCAAACAAAGCUUUUAGAGGAUUUUGAUUCCAAUGGGAAAAAACUUGAAGAAGCUAUUAAUGAAACAAAAGAUAUUAUUUGCUUCAUCGAAGAAUAUCUACCUCGGAGCUGA